UAUGCUUUUAUUUACUUAGAGGAAUCAAUGUAGUCAUAUCAAGAGACCGAUACGCAAGUGUGUUGAAAAAUGAACCAAUAUAUUACUUUGUGCACGUUAAUAAUCGCCGUAAUAUUUGAAGUUGUACAGUCUAUUCGGGAACUGCCAUACAUCUCUCUGGACUCAAAACAAAGCGACGAAGAGCAGUUUGAAUACAAAAUUGUCAUACCACCUGUGCAAACAACAGAGGUUAACAGAUACAUUUGCUAUUCAAAAUCAUUAGAAGAGAUAGGAGAAAGUUAUAUAACAAAGUUGUUAACUGAGCCUGACCCAAUCGUUAAACCACAUCAUGUCGACGCAGGUCUAUGCUUAGAACCACUUCAUGAAGAUGCUUCCUGGGAUUGUCAAAGAGGACUUGCAUGCAAAGGUGAUGCUAUUGAGUUUAGUGUUACAGACAAUUUCCAGUCUGUCGAUAAACCUUUCUACGUUCUUCCAAAAGAUGUAUCAGCAAAGAUUGGUGGAAAUGGAAAGAAAUAUUUCUUAAUAGUUCAAGUGCAUAUCUACGAACCAUUACUAGAACCUGCAUCGCCGGCUAAUAUAACUUUAACAUUCAAGAAAAAACCAACAAAGUAUAAUUACCAGAAAUUCUUACUUGGCAAUGGAGGUUUCGUUCCUGCAAAUAAACCAAACGGCUUCUUUACACAUGUUGGUUGCGAAUGGAAAAGACCUAAAGCGAUUGCCUUUCACUAUUAUGUCCAUACACAUGUCCAUGGUGUUUUCGCCGAGGGAUUUCUUAUUCGAAAUAAUACCUGGAAAUACCUUGGUGGUCAGAAAACUAGAGAAAGACAUCAGGUUUGGUUUGACGUCGUAAACGGACCUGUAGAAAUACAACCUGGUGAUAUUUUAGCUUCUCGUUGUUUGUUUAUCAAUAAUGAAGAAAAAACUAUUGAUCUAAAGACAGAAGAUACGUGUAUAUUCCAGCUGAGUGUUGGAUAUGACAUACAAUACCAAGAGUAUUUUGCACGUCCACCGGGAUGUAUUUCGACAUCACCUGAUUUUACCUUUUGCAGUAACGAAAAAACAGCUGCACUUUGUGAUAGAUAACUGGUUAUUUUCAUUGUUACUGUGAUAUGUGAUUGAAUUCAAAUCAUGUUUAAAAAGUAUAAAAAGCACGUAUUCAGUAAAGCUGCUAUAGGAAUUAAAAGACCUCCAUUGGUUCGCCAAGCUAACAUCACCUUUUAAAAAGUGGACUAAUUGGUUGGACAUCAACCUUUAGCGUCAUAUGUCAUGGGAACAUUUAGAAAAUAGAGGAAUCUCAAUUUUUGCAGCCUAGUUUUGUUUCAUUAUUGAACAAUUAAGCACUGAAACGUAUAUAAAUGCCUUUUUAUUUAAUAAACAUAUUUUGAUCA